ACGUUUAGCCUGUGUUUAAUCCUACGAUCCCACGUCACCAGCACUAAUUUGCAGGUGGUGUAAGUGUAAAGAGUGUGAGGAGUGAAUGGUGUAGGCGUAUUGUUAGUAUAUGUAAGUUUGUGACAAUAAAUGAGCCACUAUGGUUCUUAUCGCAGCUGCAGUUUGUACAAAAACUGGGAAAACAAUUGUUUCUCGCCAGUUUGUGGAGAUGACAAAGGCUCGGAUAGAGGGGCUGUUGUCUGCAUUCCCAAAACUGAUGUCAACAGGAAAGCAGCAUACAUUUGUGGAAACAGAGUCGGUGCGAUAUGUUUAUCAGCCCCUUGAGAAGCUGUAUAUGUUGCUCAUAACAACGAAGGCCAGUAACAUUUUAGAGGACUUGGAGACAUUAAGACUCUUCUCCCGAGUGAUUCCAGAAUAUUGUCGAAGCAUGGAGGAGUCUGAAAUAUCAGAUAAUGCUUUCAACUUGAUCUUUGCAUUUGAUGAGAUUGUAGCAUUGGGAUACCGAGAAAGUGUUAAUCUGGCACAGAUCAGGACAUUUGUUGAAAUGGAUUCACAUGAAGAGAAAGUUUAUCAAGCAGUUAGACAGACUCAAGAGAGGGAAGCUAAAAACAAGAUGCGAGAGAAAGCAAAGGAAUUACAUCGGCAACGGAUGGAAGCAAACAAGAAAGGUGUCAAGAGUCCUGGGUUUGGUGGUGGUGGCUUUGGUAGCAAUACUGGCUACUCUGCAGCACCAGUUGUGGGAGACUCAGUUUCCAUUCCAGCAGAUAUUAACAAGCCAAGCUUCGCAGCCAUGCAGAAGCCUGCUGCUGCCACAAAAGCCAUGAAACUGGGAAGCAAAUCACGUGAUGUGGAAUCAUUUGUUGAUCAGUUGAAGUCAGAGGGUGAGAAUGUAGUGGCUCCAGUUGUGACCUGUGCAGCCUCAACACUGAGAGUUCCUGUUGCUAUAGAGAACACAGAAGAUGUUCACCUGCGGCAAGAAGAACGUCUCGUGUUGAGAGUGGGGCGUGAUGGAGGCCUUCAAAACUUUGAACUGUAUGGAUUAGUGACUUUGCGUAUUGCUGAUGAGAAGUCAGGUCGUAUCCGAGUACAACUGGAAAAUAAAGAUACACGAGGCAUUCAGUUACAGACACAUCCAAAUGUGGACAAGGAAUUAUUUAAGUCCAAAUCACAAGUAGGGUUGAAGAAUUCUGCAAAACCGUUUCCCCUUCGCUCUGAUGUUGGUGUGCUAAAAUGGAGAUUUCAAACCCAGGAUGAGAGUUGUAUUCCUCUGUCAAUAAAUUGCUGGCCCUCAGAAAAUGGUCAAGGUGGCUGUGAUGUUAACAUAGAGUAUGAACUAGAACAUGAAAAGCUGGAACUCAAUGAUGUGUGCAUUACCAUUCCCCUACCUAUUGGCAUCUCCCCAGUUGUGAAUGAAUGUGAUGGUGAAUACAUACAUGAUCCUCGAAAGAACGUUCUUCUUUGGACACUGCCUAUUAUUGACAUCAGCAACAGAUCUGGCUCCUUGGAGUUCAGUGCUACAGCAUUGCCUGGUGACUUCUUUCCUCUUCAGAUCAGUUUUGUUUCAAAGAAAUCAUAUGCCGAUCUGACGGUAACGGAAGUGCUACAGGUGGAUGAUGAUUCACCAGUGAAAUUCUCUGUGGACACUGACUUCUUCACUGAAAAGUAUGAAAUAGUUUAAUUGUGCACGUAGCAAAAAUUCAAGAAUAAAAGUGUGGAUAUUUGUAAAAGAUGAGUCACAUUGGAGGUGGCUGGCCAUCAGCUCCACAUGAAUAUAUCUAGUAGCAUUUUAGUUAAGUGACUGAGUUAUUUCCUAGUUACAUAUUUCAGAAGCACUGUUUGGCACAUCAUUCUUCAGUUUUGUAACUGCUUAAAAUAUUGUAUUCAGUUUUCAUGUGACACAAUCAAAGAAUCUGUGUGAACCUCUUCCAUUUCCCCUUUAAGGACUAAAGCAUAAAAAAAUAACAUUGUCUUUGUUGCUACCAUUUCUUACAUUUCACAUUUAGUGGAUGUCUGUGUUUACUAUGUAAUUUUUUUAAGUACUGGAUAAUUCUUCAAAAGGUGGCCACGAAAGGAAGUUACUAUAUUUUUAUAUCAUUAUCAAAGCCUAAGUGCAAUGUGUCCCCCCACCUUUUUUUAGUCUUGCCACAGGAGUUCUCCAUCUGUGUAUUACUACUGUUUUAGAAAUGUUCCAAAAUUGAUAAGAGACUGACAGUAUCCACAUAAGUUACACAUUAAAGUAUCAUAAAAACAGUUCACAUAAAUUGCAUCCAGAGAACAGGAUUUUGUUAUGUAUGCUUUGUUACCCUCAUUUGAUGGUACUCACAACUUGAUUCUGAUCUGAUCUUUGGUAUGCUGAAACCCAGUGUGACCUUGUUACAAUAAGUGUUGUAAAAUAAGAAGGUGAAGAUGCUAUUUGGCACUGUUAAACAGAAAUUCUGUAAUCUUGUAUUUGGUCAUGGACAUAAUUUUGUAUGAAGCUGGUUAUCGUGUGUAAUUGACUCGUAGAAUCCGCAGCUUAAGUCAGAGUUACGUGCAGUAAUACCCUCACAUUGGAUUAAGUAGUUCUUUUAACCAUUAUUGGCUGUGCUUGCACUGUUGUAACAGCACAUGAGUCCAGCUGGUUGAGGAUUGCAUUUUUUUUUAUACUACAUAAUACUGUUAACUCCUGAGUUAAAAUCCAGCCACCAUCCUGCAGUAACGGGAGAUUUAAAAUUUUCUUUUACUGUACAGUGAAGGUUAACAUAUACAAGUCAUUUUACAAAUCUUGUACAGAACUGGAUAAGCAAACUUUGUCAUCAUAAGCUAUACAUUGAUAAUGCUUAUGUAUAACCCAGAGAGAUUUAUAUUAUUGUAUUUUAUAAGACAAAAUUAGAAUAUUUUCAUGUGUGUGUAGCACAGUUGACAUGUAAUGAGUAUGGAUUACUGUAAAAUAACGUGUCAAUAAAGAAUGGAAACACAUCUCUGAAAUACUAGGGACGUUCAAAAAUGAUUGACACUAAAUGUUUUUUCUUCAGAGUAACCAUUUAUUGGAACAAAAUACAUACAGAUUAUAUUAGAGGUAUUCCCCGCCAAUGUCUAUGCACCUUUGCCAUCGUUCUGGCAGUUUCUGUAUUUGCACAGCAAACCAUUCUUUGGGGGUAUCCCGGCACCACUGCUGGAAAACUGCCUGAAGCUCGUCAUUGAAGGUGAACGUCUUACCCUGCAUGACUUGGUGCUGCUUCCCCACAUGUGGCUGCUAACCUCACGUGAAUGUGUGAAGCAGCCAGUCCUUCCCUCCAGAGAAACCACACAGUCCACCGUUGCCCGUGUUUGUCUGCUUCCAUGUUAUCUGAGCAUUGUCCAUGACUGCACCUGCACACUGCCACGAAUGACGCAGCACUGUUUAACCUGUGCACAGUAGCAACGUCAUCUCAUGGCCAUAGGCGGCAGUAUAGUAUGUAUGCCUUCCCACAUGCACCGGCUUGCAUUUGACACUGCUACUUUUCCAGAAUUAUGGAGGGAGUGUCAAAUCAUUUUUGAACGACCUAAAUAUAACACUGAAUUAUGCAGCAGAUAAGGUUUCUGAUAACAAGGACUGAUCUGUAACUAUUUUUUAAAUAUACACAUGGAAACCUUUAUUGUAAUAACAUAAAACUUACCUUCCCAACUUGCAAGUGUAUACUUCAGAAGCAAGAAGAAGGAAAUUUACAGUAAACAAAGGGAACAAAUAAAAUAUUUGUAAUAAAUAGAAUAUUUUUGUUACAGUUCCAUCAACAAUGCAACCACUUUAUUCCUUAGAAUUUUCACUUUUUACAACAUGUUUCGGCCCCAACUGGCCAUCAUCAGGUACUUCAAUUUUCCAAAACUGUUACCUGCAUUGAAUAUUGGUCAUACAUUUCACGUGUAACUGCGUUGUUCCAUAUUAAUGUUGCUGAUCAACGCAGUUACACGGAAAUGUAUGACCGAUAUUCAAUGCAGAUAACAGUUUUGGCGAAUUGAAGUACCUGAUGAUGGCUGGUUGGGGCCGAAACAUGUUGUAAAAAGUGAAAAUUCUAAGGAAUAAAGUGGUUGCAUUGUUGACAGAACUCUAAUAUAAAUACUUUCUGUGAAUGUUAUAGAAAUGCAACAGGAUGCUUAAAUGCGAUAUUGAAAAUGUUUGUCAUUUGCAAUUUAUUAACAAUGAUUAUAACUAUGGAUGUGUUUAUAGUCUAUAUUUCAGACAGUUCAACUGUUCGUUUGUGCUCUACAUUUCAAAGUUUGAGGAAAUUUGAUUAUUGUAGCUGUUUACAUCUGUACUUGCAAACCACAUUUUUCCUUAAUACAUAUUUAUGUGGUAUUCAGCAUUUGAGUUCGUUGAUGAGUUUAAUUUUGAUCCAUACUGAACAGUUUGGGAUAAGAACAAAUGAUGAAUUUUGUAUAUGUUUUGGUGAGAAUGAUUCGUAGACUAUUUAAAAACACUGUUUCAGGUGCAGAGCUUAUAUAAUGUUGAGAGAGAUCUGAAAAUGAUUACAAAUAAUAAAAAUUUUAAAGAGGGCUGUCAUGACCCAUUUCAAGCAACUGUCUGGCUUUAGCCUAGAAGGGCUGAGGGUAACUGCCACUAAUACUGUAGAGAUUCUUCAGCGUAUACCACAGAACAUUUGUAAUUGACCUCAUGAUUAGGUCAUAGAGCAUUGAAAGUGUUAGAGUGAAUAUUUUGCUUGCUGUCAUGUGAGAAGUACUGAUUUGUAUAUCAGUUGCACACUUGCUGAUGUGAUUAACUUGAGGGCUGAAUGCAGCAGUGUAUAUCAGAAGUUAUGCUACAUGGUGAAUUGUGUGGCUCCCUUUGGCAAGACUUGUUAACAUAGUUACAAAGAUAAGAUUUUUAAAUGUAAGUGUACUUUAACUCCAUCAGCAUACUGUUUAAGUUUGUGUACUCUCUACCUAUACAAAUUUUAUUAAAAUAUCUUGAAAUUAAUAUCUAAAUAUUAUAGAACUUCUGUACAGAAAUAUAACAUCUGUCGAAACUGUAAGUAAACUGUUUUUAUCCAGUUCUGAUACUCUUGUUAGAGUAGGUAGCCAUCCAAAUGGACUGCUUUGCUUCCCCUUAAAACCAAAGAUUUAAAGGUGUUCUCCAGUUGCUUUAUUGUUUGUUUUAGAAAGCCUAUCCUAGUGCAGUAUAUUUCUUUUAAGUGUUGUUUUUUUCAUAAACAGUAGUCUAUUGCAUGAAUUAUGUGGCAUAACUAUUACAUCUAUCACAACAGAAAUGGUGUUUCACAUACAUGAUUACACUAUCCUGUAUGCAGAUGGAGGGACAGGAUAGCCUUCUCUAGCUCGUAUGGAUGGUAAAAAUAAUUUUAGAUUA